AUGAGCAACAACGAAGACAUCGAGUUCUCGCUAAGGCCUCUUCGGAUCCUGAAACGUUCUGACCUGUCUAUCACCAGAACUCAAUCGCAAUCUGGCCAAUCUGAUGGGUCUAGAUCGAGACCUCAAUCGGACUCCCUGAUUCCCACAACGUCAAAUCCACACCCGCUGUCUUCCAACGCUGCAACUCUACUGACAGACGAUUUCGUAUGUCGACCAAUGCGUUUGGGCCUGAGUUCAGCUCGUCCAGCUGCUGAUAGUGCCGAACAUGGUGCUCAUCAGGGCCUUUCGUUUGUGACAGCGGAUUCAGCAUCUUCCCACGAUACACAACCUUCUACGCCGAGAAGGAACUCGAAAUCGUCCCGAAGGCUGUCAGUUCAUGUUAGGAACCUUCCGAUUGUUCAGUCGCCAAAAAGAAGAGCCGAUAGCGACCUCUCCAAGCUAGAUGAUAUGAUUUUUGCAUUAUGCCUUGUGGACUUCCACCAUGUAAGAGGUCCUGAAGUGCAAUGGUGGAAGUCAAACUACCACGUUGAUUAUAACUCGCAUGGCAAGUUGUUUAAGAACCUAUCGUUUCAGGCGCUUCCAGAUGGUUCCCACUUGUUUGAGGAAACGUUCUCCAAUUUCAACCUUAUAUACGACUUUGGGAACUCGGUUUCUUUGGAUGACCAGUUAGACUUUGAACAGUUUGGAGGCAACCCAAACCAUCUUGAAACGCUUUUUGGCUGUUCUUGUGUACGUCAGGUCAAGACUACAGACCUCUCGACCGAAGAGUUGGAGAGAAACAAAGACAUUACUCGUUCAAUUGUACAGAAAGCAGUAGUGGUGAUCACCAGGAAACAGCCAAUUUUCACAAAGAUCAAAGAGAAGCUAUCCAUCAUCACUCACUCAUACUUCCAGCAAACGAACUUCAAUAAUACCGAAAUCUUAGAACACCUUUUCGACAAUUUGAACGGAACUUUUAAGCUCGUGGAAGACGAGCAAACGUUGAAACCUCAGAUCCCUGAAGAGGUAGCCCUCUUGGAAAACAAAAAGAACGAGAAAGAGGAUGAAUUUUUCGUUAACCUUAAUCUUCGCAGCAUCCUUUCUACUUACAAGUCCAGCGUACUCAUAAUUUUAAAGGCUCUCUUGCUUGAGAAGAGGGUCCUCGUGUAUUCGAACAACAAUCUCGAGCUUUUGACUCAGUUUCAAAACAACUUAAUCGCUUUGAUACCCGACCUUCACCAUCAUCUUGACCUUUCCGGAUGCCCCUUGAGUGAUUACACGGAGAAACAUUCGCCCUUGUCACGACCAACUUCCCUUAAGACUAAUGACAGACUGUCAAUGGCUAGAUUCUUUGGUCUUCCGUUACAAAUCUUCAAUACGAAAGGGUCAUUCUGGAACCCCUACCUUCCUUUACAACAGUUUGACGAGCUUAACUCCUCGUCUUUCAUGGUUGGCUGUUCCAACAUGUUAAUAUUGAAUCAGGCUCCUCAUUAUAAAAUUGAUUUGGUUGUUAACUUGGAUAAUUGUCAGCUCACCUACCCUUGUGGUAAGAAAGAGGAGCUUCUGCUCUCUCAUUACGAUAAGAAGUUUAUCCAAGGUCUCCUUCAUUCCAAUAGUAACGAAGACGCCUUUGUGGGAAGUGACGACUUCAUCAGAUACCAAUUUGAAGACUACAUCCGGAGCUUACUCUCGACAAUGAGGUUCCACCAGUACUCCAACAAAUUUAGGUCCACUCCUCCUGGAUUUGAUAUCACAGUGAACAAGCAUUUUGGAAGCUUAAAGACCUUUAACGAAGCAUUUAUCGAAUCAUGGUUGAACACUAAAAACUUCAAAAUCUGGGAUGCGCUUUGCGAUGACUUUAUCUUCAACUUCCAUGACCCACUCCACAUUGCUAUCAACUCCAAGGACUCAUCCCAAUCCAGUUUCGGUAGCUUCUUUUCUGGGUUUAACAAGCAGCAACCUCCAUCGCUAACUGAAAAGGCUAACCAAUACUUUUCUAACUCUCGGAAGCCUCAGAAGUUUAUCCCGGAUAAAGACGCUCCUAGCGAUAGUGAACCUACCAGUUCAUCAAAGAAAUUUCCUUGGAACUGGGGAGCUCCUAAGAGUUGA